AUGGAUCUUUCAAAGACUCUCAUCCGGACUGUGGCAAGGGCCUUCUAUGAGACUCGUCACAUUCUGGUAGUCGAUGCGCUCUUCCUGCAUUCAGUCCUUCACGCUGAGGAUCUAGCAUUCUUGAUGGGAAUGCAACAGAAAGAUCUACGCAAGCUUUGCGCUAGGCUUCGAGAGGAUCGCUUGAUCGGAGUGAGCACACGCGCCGAAAUUCGUGAUGGAUCCACCCGUCCAGUCAACCGCGAAUACUAUUAUAUCCCUCUCCACCCGGUUGUCGAUGCAAUCAAAUUCAAAGUCUCCAAGUUGACCGCCACUAUUAAAGCCCAAUACACACCGAGCGAGGAGCGCAAAGAGUACAUUUGUGUACGAUGCAAAUCUGAGUGGACCGAACUGGACGUACUGAGUCUAGUUGGAGAAGAAGGAUUCGAAUGCCAAAAUUGCGGCGCUGUCCUGGAGCGCACGGAGGAUGUUAAAGGCGUGGAAGGGAUUGAUCGUACGGGCCAUGAGAAAAACAGCAAGCUUAUGGCACAGCUUGACAAUAUGCUCAAAUUGCUAAAGCAAAUUGAUUCGGUCGAAAUUCCUCCGAAUGACUUUGAAACUGCGUGGGAUCACAAGGUGGAGGUUAUCAGGAACCAGAACACACACCCAGUCCGUGCAGCAAUCGCUGUUCCACCCAAGGCACAGGAUAUCACGCGUCCCAAUGCCAAGACAGACGCAGCUGCACUGGAGAUUUCACUCACCUCGAGUGAGGAGAAGAGUGCCGCUGAAGUGGCAGACGAGGCCGCUCGUAAAGCAGCGGUUGAGAAGCAAAACGCCCUCCCUGUAUGGCACACGCAUUCUACAGUCAAUGCAGCCCAGGUUGGCAGUUCCCAGACCAAGAUCGAGACGGGUACUGCGGUGAAGUCUGAGCUUGCGGAUGAAGACCAGAAACCGAGUGUGGAUGCCCUGGACGACAAGGUCGCCGCAUACUACGCAGAAAUGGAGCGCGAGAAGGCACUGCAGGCCCAAGCAGACGCGAGCAGUGCGGAAGACGAUUCUGACGAAGAGGACUUCGAGGAUGUCGAAGGUAUUUCCGCUCCCAGCGGACCAGCUACACCCUCCAUGGCUGGUGGCCCUACAAGUGCCCCCACCACAUCCUUUGGGGGUGUCGGUAUCAAGCGUGAGCUUGAGUCGGCUUCCAGCGCUCCUCAGUCCUCUGUUGGGACCCCAUCUAUUCCUGCCGAUGAUGGACCCGCGGCAAAGAAAAUUAAGGUCGACCCUGCGAUCAAGCCUGAUCCUGAGGUUAAGCUUGAGGCUGAGGUUAAGAAAGAAGCUGAGGAAUCCGACGAGGAUGACGAGGAGUUUGAAGAUGUAUAA